GGAAUAGUGUUAAAGCUGUUCCUAUUAAUCCUCUUGGAAAAGUGCAAACUGAUACAAUCCUGAAACCAGAGUCAAGUGUCAAACGGUGUCAAGCAACUGAAUUUCUGUCAAGAGGAGUGACUAGAAAACCAAGCCCUGUCUCAGAGUCUGAUGGGGCUAAGUCUGCUAAUGUUAACAAGAGAGAAUCUCAAUCAAUGACUGAUGGACUGUCUAAUCAUUCAAACCUUAGACUUCCAAGGAAGAUCAAUUUAAGUGAGGACCACCCUCAGAAUAAGACUAUACAUAUAACUUCUACUCAUCAGUCUUGUGAAAAAAUGCAGCCCAUCAGAGGUGCGCUGCCACCAGUUACUUCCAAAAUUUCACAUUUCACAGAGCCUCUUUGGAGUCAGUCAGUUCUCUCACAAACUACUGAAUCCAGUAGAUGGCACUGUGACUUGGGCAAUAAAACCUGGAAGGAACCAAAAUUCAAAAAGUGUGCUUACCUUGAGAAGCCUCGGGAGGAAGAGGCUGAAAUGACAAAUUCAGCUGAUUCCUCAUCUAAAUUCAUUCAACAGUCUAGCUUAUCUAGAAACAUCAAGGCCCUCCAGAAACCCAGAGUCUUGUCUGAGACGCAGAAUCAAAAUACAAAGGUGGAUGCACAGAUAACAAUAAAGCAGCCAGACUGCAUUUCAGUGUACAACAGCGGCCUGUCCAAAGGCACUGAUGAGAAAUUGGAAGCCUGUCAGAGUGAGUUACGCUGCUUAAAGAAACAAACAUAUCUUGUACAAACAGAAGAGGCGCCAACAGCUCGGUUAAGAGAGUCCCUCAAAACUAGUUUUGUUAAAUGUGACAAAUCACAUUAUGGCGGUGGCUCAAAACUGCAAAUCAGGCCACAGAAGCAUCAAACUUUUGAUUAUAUCCAAUCUCCUGGGAAAAAUACAAACCACAGAGGAGUGAAUCCCAGAGACCGGGAACUCAAUCAAACAGAUUUAACAGGACCACCUGACCAUGAGGGACCCACAAGGCUACCAGAAUUUUCCCCUGAAAAAUGCGCUGCAAGCUGGCUGCCGUCCAGAGAGCGCUACCCAUUCAACACAACUGCAUUUGGCACUGGUUCAAAGAGAGACACUAAACUGCCAUCCCAACCACAGGGCAUACAUAGCCAGAGACCAAAUGAGAUAACAACAACUACCCUUCCACAACACCAACUGAACCUUCGCCUACCAGGCAAGGCAUCUAUCACUGAGGAGACAGAGGACCCGUAUUACGUCACCAUGUAUUACCCGGGUGCAGUCUAUGUGUCUAUGGACAUGUCAGACAUUGUUCCCCCUGAAGUGAGACCCAAACCAGCCGUCCCUGCCAAGCCCCCUCAUGUAGGGGCUCCUUCCCCCUCCAGUCCUUUCCCACCCCAAGGGUCAGGGGUCGGUGCGAGUAUUUCUGCUGCUCCUCCCAGUGGCAUUCCUGUUCCAAUUGGGAGUCAUGGCCACAUCGGGAAUCACAAUGCAGGCCAUGGUGUGGGCCAUAGUGGGGCACAUGCUGCAACUCAUGGCGGGGGUCACGGUGGCUCCCAUGGCUUAAGUGGUGGUUCGAUGUUGCUGGGAUACAUUGGCAUUGAUACCAUCAUUGAGCAGAUGAGAAAGAAGACCAUGAAGACUGGCUUUGACUUCAAUAUCAUGGUAGUGGGUCACAGUGGGCUGGGAAAGUCGACUUUGCUGAACACACUGUUUAAGUCCCAGGUGAGCAGGAGGAGUGCAGGGUGGGCCCGCGAUGAGAAGAUCCCCAAGACCAUUGAGAUCAAAUCGGUGUCUCACUUCAUUGAGGAGGGCGGCGUGAAGAUGAAGCUUACUGUCGUCGACACUCCAGGCUUUGGCGAUCAGAUCAACAAUGAAAACUGCUGGGAGCCUAUUUCCAAGUACAUCAACGAGCAGUAUGAGAAGUUCCUAAAAGAGGAGGUCAACAUUACCAGGAAGAAGCGCAUCCCUGACACCAGAGUGCACUGCUGCCUCUAUUUCAUCUCCCCAACCGGACACUCUCUUCGGCAGCUGGACGUUGAGUUCAUGAAGCACUUGAGUCACUCUGUCAACAUCAUCCCUAUCAUCGCCAAAGCCGACACACUGACCAUUGAUGAGAGGCAGGAGUUCAAACAAAGGGUUCGUAAGGAACUGGAGAUGGGUGGCAUUGAAUUCUAUCCACAGAAGGAGUUUGAUGAAGACAUGGAAGAUAAGAGUGACAAUGACAAGAUUCGGGAGGCGAUGCCCUUUGCUGUGGUGGGCAGUGACAAAGAGUAUCAGGUGAACGGCAAACGUGUUCUGGGGAGGAAGACAGCGUGGGGAGUUGUGGAAGUUGAAAACCCGAACCAUUGUGAAUUUGCUCAGCUGAGAGAUUUCCUGAUCAGGUCUCACCUUCAGGACUUGAAGGAGGUCACCCACAACAUACACUACGAAGCUUAUCGUGCCAAGAGACUCAAUGAGAAUGGAGGUCAUCCCCUGUUCCACAACCUAAACCUUUACAGCAACUAUCAUUUUCCAAGUCCUUUCCAAGAAUGUUUGGAUGAUCGGACACUUCCUCUCAGAGUCCCUCCCGGAGGCUAUAGUCACUAAAAACAUAUUUUCUUAUCUAAUGCCCAUGCCUUGUCCUCCUCCCCUCAUUGUCCUGUCACCUUCAAGAAGAAUUCUUUUUUUUCAUGAAAAUGAGUUUUAUGUUUGUGUCAUUAUAAUUUACUUUCGCAUUGUUAUAUACCUACCAUCUAAAUUCAGACUUCCUUAUUUUUUCAUUUAUUACUUCAAACUUGCACAGCAGUGAUGUGCGAGUCAGCUCUGCAGUUCAUGGCAAGAGCCCAUGUUUUUCAUGUCCUAAGCUACAACAACCAAUUUUAAAAAAGUAAGCCCCAUGACCCUGCUGUCUUGACUGCUUGAAAAAUGUAAACAGCCUCUGUUUGUAUCUCAACCUAACAAUGCUAGCAAUUUUUUUUUCAUUUCUCUAUUUAUGUUGGCUUUUCAAUUUGAAAUGAGUAAAUAUUGCUAUCUGUCACAUGUGCAGUCCUUUGAGAGUCAGUGUGCUUGUAAUUGGGGAGUCCACACGAUGCAUGAGUGUGUUGCAGAGACUCUAUGACAGAAGUAUAAUGACAACACUUUUAAAGACUGUAGACGGUUCAGCUCAACAGUAGAUACAGAAGAAACAAAUGUUAAUGCUGGAAAGUUGAAUUCAGUUCAUCUGGACACAACAUUUAUUGAGAGAAACGUGACCUCUUCAGUCUCCACUGACUGCAGGUGUCCCCACCCUUAUAAACAGUCUCUAUCCAGGAUGUGCACAGACGUGAUAGGGAGGAACGCUGGUUUGAAUGGGGAGUCAAAGAGGCCUUCUAGUAUGUGAAGAGGGAACGACCAUCCCUGAAUCGGGGAGGGGUGGCUAAGAGUACAUCUGUCACCAUCUUACAAUGCUGCGAUUGCAACCAUUCCCAAAUCCUCCAUGUAUAGUACACAUGGCCACUGUAACUCCAGUUAAUGGUCACGGCAAUUUGCAUAUGAAACCGAUGGUUGGUUUUGGUCGUUAUGCCACUGUAUUGUUUAUAAGGGUGGGGAUACCUGCAGUCAGUUAAGACCGAAGAGGUCACUUAGAUGAGUGAUGAAACAUUUCUCUCAGUAAACGUUGGGUCCAGAUGAACUGAUUCAACUUUAUGUGAUUUCCGUACCUGGAUUAUUGAGCAUGCAUAAUGUUAAUACUGGUGAUCCAUUGUGUUCAUUUCUGUUUGCAAAUUAUCUUAAAACAUGGCAUCAGAAAAAUUAGAUUAGACUGGUUAUAAAUGUUUCUCUAACAUCUUCUCUGGGGGGGCCUACUUUUUUUAAAACAUUUCUCUGGCCUCAGAUUAAUGUUGUUGUGGAGGCCAAUAUUAACAAGAGGUAUGUUUUAGUUUAAUCCACAACCACAGGAUAAUUAAUGAAGCCAAGCAUUUACUUUUGAAGCUUGAGAACGCUUUGACGGUGUAAAAUAGCUGAAAACAUCACGUAUGAUUUGAAUUUCUCUGGUCGAAAAACCAGCAGCUCGCUCUCAAUCCUAACCUGGAUUAGAUUUUUUUUGUUUUUUUUUUGUGAGAAAACCUAGUCUUUGAAAAACACUGAUCUGCAGUUUUUGCUAAAUGUGUUACUCUUAGAUUGUAGAUGCUCUAUAUUUAUUUAUUUAUCUAUUUAUUUAUUUAUUUGGUUUUGAUUUUACUUUGUGUCUUGUGCCAUUCAGAGCAUUGUUUGAGCAUUUGAGAGCCCUGAAUUCAAAACUGCUUUGGAGACCAGACUUUUGUGCCAGUUUGAUUCAGGAUGCACUUUCUUCACUUUGCCACUUGGUGGCAGUGUUGUGCCAUUUACUGAAAACGACUCAAAGGGACCAUCCAAAAGUAUUUAUUUCAUACUUGCUGGGAACAACGCUUGCAAGUCAGCAUUACUUAAUGACGAGUUUUACAAGAUUUAGGUUAGAUAGUUGUGACCGCAAACAAUAAAAGGAGUCAUAUCCAGGUCAGGUUUACAAGACAUCGUUGGUAACUAUAUUGAUCAUAUAUAUUCAUAGCACUGAAAUGUCAUUCCAAACUAGCAAGUUAAUAAGUUUAAUUUUUUUCCAGGAAAGUAAAAAAAAAAAAAUUGAAGUUAUGCACUGUCUUCAAUUGAGCACAAAUAUUCCAGUAUCUUCAGCGAAUCAAUACUUAACCAGGUUUUUGGCUUUGAAUUGUGUUCUUGAAUGGGUGUCCCUGGGCCCCCCUCAAAAAACCUUUUAUACAAUCAUAUGUUUGUGUGUAAAUUUGAUAUGACAGUAAGUGUAGUUGUUGUGUGGUAAUUAGUGCAGUCACCAAAAUGCUCCCCCCAUUUCUACUCAGCGUUUAUAAAGUGUGCAUGUUAGCGGCGGUGUAAUCUGUUCACUUCCUACCUACAUCCGGUCAGUUCGCGUACAGCUGCGAGGUUUCUUCAGUUCAGCUCAUCUUCUGCUGUUUGUGAACAGGUGCUCGGGGAGGGAGGCUCUGCGUUGCCACAUGCUGCGCUGCUCCCUGGCCCGAGCUCCUCGGCCCACUGUGCACGGGCUGCUCCUCUUUGAACACCAGUAGCAUUCUACAAUGUGACGUUUCUUUUUCUUUAAUACCCACUUCUCAGAGUUGUUGUGAUACAUUGAGAUGCAAUUGAAGUGUGACAUUGGGUUAUUUAUGCACCUGAGCAUUAUUUAUUGGAAUUUGCUCUUAUUUAAUAAACAUAUUG